GACACAAUUUGACACUUCACAAUGCAACAUUUCUGACGUGGUAAAUGCCCAAAUGAAACAUUGUAUUGUAAAAGUAUGCAAUAUACUUUCGUCAGCAAAUCGGUACCGCAAACAACAUAAGAAUAACACAUCAUCUGGCCCGAUAGGUUUUUGUCGCUCGAGAAACGGAAUAAAGGCAUUUUUUAUCAGAAAAUCAUGGGUGUUUUUGAGCAACUGAGUGUGAGCUCUUUAUUUAAAGAUGUUCAACGUAUGGAUAAACGACAACAUCUGUAUCAAUUCCUUAGUUUUGGUAUGAUUGUUUCGUCAGCGUUGAUGAUCUGGAAGGGAUUGAUGGUUGUUACGGGAAGUGAAUCACCAAUUGUGGUCGUAUUAAGUGGCAGCAUGGAACCGGCAUUCCAUCGUGGUGAUCUGUUGUUCUUAACCAAUUUCCGCGAGGAACCAGUACGCGUCGGUGAUAUUGUUGUGUUCAAAGUGGAAGGCCGAGACAUUCCCAUCGUACAUCGAGUCAUUAAAUUGCACGAAAAAGAAAAUGGCACUGUCAAAUUCCUGACGAAAGGCGACAACAACUCGGUCGAUGACAGAGGGUUGUAUGCUCCAGGCCAAUUGUGGCUCACAAAGAACGACAUUGUCGGUCGAGCUAGAGGUGUCUUGCCGUAUGUCGGAAUGAUAACGAUAUACAUGAACGAAUAUCCAAACUUUAAGUAUGCCAUUCUGGGUAUCCUAGCGUUGUAUGUGCUCUUACAUAGAGAGAGCGACUAGAUUCCAUGCUCAGAAUAAUCGUAGAACAUUCAACACAAGUCCACACACAUUUAUAUUUUUUUUUUAAAUUUUGAUCCAACUCAUUCACCAAAUCCGACGUAAUCGAUAUUGUCGGGAGGAUUCAGUCAAAGAACACGUACGAAGCAAAAUCAUUUCGACGAGAUAAUUUACAUUAAGUUCACAAAGCCGACUUUGAAGAGAAAAACAAAAGAAUAUAAUAAUUAUGAAAUGCAUGUAAGAGAAAAGAAAGAAAAAAAAUACACACACAAUGAAGAAGCUAAAUGUAAAUAAAUUUGUUUUUUAGUUACGGAAGGAAAAAAAGUUAAUUAAGUAAAAAAGAAAUAAGUUUACUUGUAACAUGUAACAUGUAAUCUUCAUUUAAAUAGGUCACGCAUUCAAUUUUCCGACCUUUUAAAAAAUAAAUCUAUUGAAUGGCGAUACAAA